AUUCUAACAACUAAACACUUUUGUAGCCCUUUCACAUGUAAUUCUGAAAAAAGUGCUAGAGGACCCCCACACUCACCGGCCUGCCAAUGACAGUUUUUGUGAGAGAGUGGGAGCCUACACUUUCAGCUCAUCCAAAGAUCAUUGAGAUUUAAGCUUUCAUCAUUUCUAGAUCAUUUCACAAAGCUAUAUGGCAUUGGCAGAAGGAAACAGAAGUUGUCCUUAAGCUCCGACAGAGUAGUGUGUGUCAUAUCCGAAGGACAUUUCCCUCACCCGGGUGUGACAGCAGCGGGCCCAGCCCAGGCCCAGUCACUGCACCAGCUUCAGGUCAGCACAGCAAUUUGCCUGCCCCUCCCUCUGGUACCUUCCACCCUGGACAGUAUGAGCAGCAGGGCUGUAGAUGUGAUGCUGACUCGCCUGCUCUGUUAAGCCCCCGCCACAACCCAGCCCAGGGCUCAGCUUGCAGCCAAAGCCUGAGCAGUCUCACUUGUACCCAGCAGGUCAACCACCACCAUACUCAACAGCAGCCUGCAGAUUUGCACACCUUGUGUGACCCACCAAACCAGAGACAGUACACUAGCCAUGUACGGUGACUUACUAAGGGUUUCUUAGCCUCCUUGCUUGUUUUUCAGUUCUGUGUAGGCAGCAAAAAGGGUGACAUUCAUUGAAGUUAUCGAGAGCCAUCAAAGGAGCUGCAUUCACUUGCUGGAUCCCAAGUUGUUCUCUCCUGUCAAGAGACAGUGACUGGCCCAUAUUUACCCAGUAAGCCUUGUGCCUGGGUGGGGGUUUGCACCUGCAUCUCCCCAGGCCUAGUUCAAUGCUUGCCCCACAACACUGCACUGCACCCCUAGGAGCAGGGCCUCCCGCUGUCACAGAUCAGGUGCAUGCAAGUAUCUGGCCCACAUGUGUUCCAGGGUAAGGCUAGGUUUGCUACAUUCUAAUUACUUACUAAAACGUAAUUAGGGUCUGCUUGGAGCCUAUGGGACACACUACCCAUUUGCACAACAAUUAACACUUUAAUCCAUUAUACAAGUCCCAUCAGGCAUAUUAAAAGUAGGAUUUGCUACACUGGAUGAGGCGACGGCCAGUUGACCGAUUAGUUGGAUGGCACAUUUUCAACAAAGCUGCUUACACAUUAAGCUUUAUUAAAUGAGUACGUCAAGCUGACAAGCAGUUGAUUAUCAUGAAACCCAGGCUGUUGUUUUUUCCUGUUCUUUCUCUGUAGUGUUGUCGUAGCAUUCAUUAUUCACCAGAGGCUGACUCCUACCCUGAGUAGGAUCAAUCUGCACCACAACAUUUUGCUGUAGGUCCCUGUAUUUGAAAUGUGAAAUUCUGCCUCAAAAUUCAAACAACAGAGAUGGAUAGAUAGAUGAUAGGACAGACAUCUGAUAAAUAAAUUAUGAAGCUAAGACUCCAUCACUAAAAAUGUCCAACCAAACUUAGUAAGUUCCAUUAAAAACAAUUGGGUUUAAAUUAAAUCUCAACUAAUUUGUUCUAUUGGAUUCUAUGUACAGUGGACGCUCAGGUUGCGAACGUGAUCUGUGCGGGAUGCAUGUUCGCAACCCACAGUGGUACGUCUGCGCACUUGUGGGUUGCGAUUCGGCUCUUCUGUGCAUGCGCAAGGUGCAAUUUAGUGCUUCUCUGCAUGCGUGACCGCCGAAAACCGGAAGUAACCCGUUCCGGUACUUCUGGGUUUCGGCGGUCCGUAACCCGAAAAAACGCAACCUGAAGCGUCUGUAACCCAAAGUAUGACUGCAUCUUCUAUUUAAGGAAUGAUUAUUAACUUUAGUUGAAUCGGGACCUUUAGGUUUAGAUUUUUAUCCCACCUUCUCACUAUGCUCAGAGUAGCAGAGUGUUGUGAUUAUGAAAACUCAGAGAGAUUCCUAUUUUAUUAUUUAAUAUAUUUUAACUUCCUCUCCAAGUCCUUACAGAUGUUUCUGUGAAUGAAGAUGCCCCUCACCCCAAUUAGCAUCUGAUUUUAUUUUUGGUAAAAUUUGGUGACAACUCCAAUUAGCUUUUCCAUACAAAUCUGUUAUGUGGCCUAUGGCAUUUUUUCAUUUGCUUGCAUGGAACUCAGCUUACAAGGUAUAAUUGUGGAUCUAAUCUUCUCUCACCCCUAAAGGAAAUAUUCUGAUCAUCUGUUUCAGACCAGUGCAGCCUAUGACCAACCAGUAUGGUCUCCCCACCAGGGCUUGUAAACCGUCUUCAUUUGCUUCCUACCCAAAAGUUAAAAAACACGAAGGGGUGAUGUAUCAAGCACCCAUCAGGCUAGUGGGCUUCUUUUGGUUUUGUGCAUUUGCAAGCUGUGCAGGUCUAUGUUUAUGGCAGGGAUGGUGAGCCUGUGGCCCUCCAUAUGUUAUGAGACUACAACUGCCACCAGUCCUGACUAUAGGCCACACUGAGAGCAUAGGCUGAUGAGAGUCCAAUAACAUCUGGAGGGCCACAGGUUCCCAACCCCUGCUUCCAGAUAAAAAGCUAUAGGAAGAUUAGAGAAAGGUCAGGGUUAAGCUGUACAAUAUGCUAAAUAGACAAGGUUGUCUCCAUCAAAUUUUUAUUCAGAGUAUACCCAUUAAAAUUAAUUGACCUAAGUUACUUCUGUCCACUAAUUUCAAUGGUUCUGCACUGUGUAUGACUGACAUUGCAUACAAGCACCACAGGCUAGAACAGAAUGGUAGAACAUAAUUUCCUGGGUCAUACCUCUUUAUAUAAAAUGAUAAAGUCAUCUUGUGGACCUGCUCAUUCCUGAAUUCAUUUGGAUUUGUGGUUGCUGUUUUUUCCAGGGUCAAGGGAUGAGCAAACUCUACAGCAAGUCCAAAGAAAUGGCCGAGCUCAUAUCAUCUCAACCAUGGAUAGAUGAAGCCCUAAGCUCCCAAGAUGAGAUGAAGGAAGAAGAUAGCAGGCAAGCCUCCUAUGGGAUACUUGCUGGACUUAAUGAAGAGCAUGACAGUAUUGAGGAGGAGGAGGAGGAGGAGGAAGAUGGUGGGAAGCCAAAAAGAAGGGGCCCAAAGAAGAAGAAGAUGACCAAGGCAAGAAUGGAGAGGUUCAGGGCCCGCCGGGUGAAGGCUAAUGCCCGGGAGCGAACACGGAUGCAUGGGCUCAAUGAUGCUCUGGAUAACCUUAGGCAGGUGAUGCCCUGCUACUCCAAGACACAGAAGUUGUCCAAAAUUGAGACACUCAGACUUGCCAGGAACUAUAUAUGGGCUUUGUCAGAGGUCCUGGAAAGUGGGCAGACUCCAGAAGGGAAAGGUUUUGUCGAGAUGCUUUGUAAAGGUUUGUCCCAACCAACCAGCAACUUGGUGGCUGGCUGCCUGCAGCUGGGACCUCAAACCCUGUUCUUGGAGAAACAUGAGGAGAAAAGCCCUGUCUCUGACUCAGCUGUGCCCAGCCACAGUUUUUCUUACCAGUCUCCUGGGCUGCCCAGUCCACCGUACGGAAACAUGGAGGCCCACCUUGUACACCUAAAGCCUCCCACAUUCAAAAGCCUUGUGGAUCCGUCCUUUGGCAACCACCACCAAGACUGCACAUCUCCGGCAUAUGAAGGCCCCUUGACACCUCCCCUGAGCAUCAGUGGAAAUUUCUCCCUAAAGCAAGAUGGUUCUCCAGACCUGGAAAAAUCAUACAGCUUCAUGACCCACUACCCAUCUGUUAGCUUGAGCAGCACUCAUGGGCACAGCUCUCAUUUCUCAACCUCAGUGCCCAGGUAUGACAUCCCCAUAGAUAUGAGUUAUGACUCCUAUCCUCAUCAUGUGGUUGGGGCCCAGCUCAAUGCAAUAUUCAGUGAAUAA